UCACGGACGAUGAAGAAUCUAACGUUGAUGAGAACUGUGCUUGUUUACUUGCUCUUGUGGCUUCAUAUGGGAACUACAAUCGGUCAGUUACCAACACAAUCUAGUCCGGCACUACGUCUUUUGAUUUCUCGACUCAUCACUGACGUCAAAUCGCUGUAAAAUAUCGUAAAACUUCUUAAAUCGAUCCCGCAGCAUCUAUUAAGAUUGAGUUGUCCUUUAUUCAGAAAGAAAACGCCUUCAAAUUGGAGGGAGACAUUAUAAUGUCCGUGGAUCAGUUUACAGACAUCCACACGAACAUGGAUAUGUCUAGUUACGACAUCAAUGACGAAAUGUUCGUACUGGACCACGUAGUGGAGCCCGUCACACAGACGAUCCAAGAUGGCGGAUUUCUAUGGCAAACGAACAACGAUGCAAAAGGAAACUGGCGCACACCUAUCAAUCAAAUUACUCAUGAUAAUGAUUAACCUAUCUAGAAGUGGGUGGAGCAUAGGUGCUGUUUUACCCAUAUAAAACUGUAUUUAAGACAGUUGUCUCAUUGAGGUAUGCGUGAAUAUGUAAAAGAAAACUGCAGGAUUCAAUUUCCUCGUUUUGAACAGUUGAUUCAAGACUGAAAGGAAUACUUUGUUGGUUUUGUAUUAUCUAACGAAUUAUUAAGAGUUUUUAAUUUUUAUAUUCAGUAUUUCAGUAUCCGUCGAGAACGAUGAAGAAUCUAACGUUGAUGAGAACUGUGCUUGUUUACUUGCUCUUGUGGCUUCAUAUAGGAACUACAAUCGGUCAGCUACCAACACAAUCUAGUCCGGCACUACGUCGUUUGCUUUCUCGACUCGUCACUGACGUCGAUUCGCUGUUUAAAAUCGUAAAACUUUUUAAAUCGUUGAAUCAUAACUCUGCAUCAUCGUCACGGACCAACCAAGACAUCGUGCCUAUAGACCAGAUCAUAGAGGAAGCUGAAGAUCCCGCAGCAUCUAUUAAGGCUGAACCGUCCUAUAUUGAGAAAGAAAAUGCCUUCAAAUUGGAAGGAGACAUUAUGAUGACCGUGGAUCAGUUUACAGACAUGCAAACACAUAUCUCUUUUGAUUUGCUUGAGGACGCCGUAGCUAUGAUGUUAAAUACUACAGACCGGAUCACAUCUGUGCAAACCUUAAUGAAUGAGAUCAGUGCAGGCGCACGAUCAGGUCGGCCAUCGUCACGUGUAAAAAGAGCAGCCAGACGAGACCCCAAUCGACUUUGGCCUGACGCAGUUAUGCCCGUACGAAUUGCAAGCUCGGGUUUUAGCGCCUUUGACAGAUGGACCAUCCAGCGAGCCAUGAUGAGGAUCUCGGAACAAACCUGUAUAUGCUUCCGGAUUAUUGACAACGAAGUCGCUGACAGUGGUAUACCGCACGUGCAGAUCGUCGAUGGAUCCGGCUGUAGUUCCUAUGUUGGGGUAACGACGAGAUCCCGAGGAAGACAGAACUCACAGGAUCUUACACUUAACUCAAAAUGCAGAACAUUUCGAGUGGCCACACACGAGCUCCUACACGCGUUAGGACUGUUUCACGAACAAUCUAGACCGGACAGAGACUUUUUUGUGAAAAUUAAUUCAAGCAACAUACGCAGUGGCAUGGAGAGAAAUUUCCAGAAGUUCAGCCGCCGAACCAUCAACUCAAGAGGAAUCCCUUACGACUACACGAGUAUCAUGCACUACAGUAACAGGGCAUUCAGCAAAGAUGGUACCUUCACAAUUGAACCAAUUCCAGCAAUCAACCGAUUUUGGUAUUUGAACAUAAUCGGGAGGUCGACGGCUAUGAGCGAAGGCGACGUGCAGGCCCUACGACUGAUGUACAACUGCCCAUCAACCCCUUCCACGCAGCCAACAUGCGCAGACUAUCCUUAUAUGUUUCCUUAUUAAACACCGUAGAACAUUACAUGUUUAUUUCAUGUCACAUUUAUGUCAUCUUCGAAAUCCAAGUGUGGUCAGGUGGCGCAGUGGAAGGCGAACUCGUCUUCCACCAAGACGGCCGGUGUUCGAUUCCCCGAUCGAACGUGGAAAGUUAUUUGGUGACCUGCCCCACAACUUGGAUUUCUCUCGGAACAUUGGUUUCAUCCCACACUCAGGCCCACUUCGCUUCGAUCUGGCCGACAAGAGUGAUAGAUAUAUAAGUAGGAAUAACUUUUUUAUAAUCUUUGUUAAUUAGAUAAAUUGUCCACUCUCGAUGCACGUAUCUUCUCUAUACUCCUGGAAUACGUCGUGCCAAAAUCGAAGGUUAUGAACGCUCCAACUUGCGAACGAUACAAUAAGGCCUAAACAAGUUUGAUCCAUUGAUGUUCAUCAAAAUAAUCCUGCGGCACAGAAACGGUAAAACUGACUGGAACGACAUGUUUUACAAACCUAUUUUUUAUACCUGAAAUCAAUCAGAUACUAAUAGAUAACCUCGUUUUCGAUUUCGCUAUGACACGUCCCAAGGGUGAAGAGAAGAUAUUUGUAUAUCGAGAAAGGAACCUUGGAUUUUGAAGAAUCACUCACCUAUCGUUCAUGAUCAAUAAAAAGAGUUUUUUA